AUGGCUUACAAUGAUCUCGUUCGUCAAAUACUCCUCAACAUCGACUACGAGCGACAACUAUUGUUCCAUCACGGUUUAUGUCCCUUCAGAUUCCGAUUGGUGCUGAACACAAUGAAAGAAACAGAAGAAAUAGCUGAAAUUACGUCCAUCGAUAGAGAUAUACAUACAUAUUUAAUGUUGAAAUCAGAAGUUACCCGUGUUUCUGGUUCAUCGAUUUCAUCACGUCAUCGAUCACCAUCAGAUUCUCCAGCAAACGAUCGAUACGCCAAACGAUCUCGUCGAACACCCACUUCAUCAUCGGAAUCUGAGCCCGACAGUAAUCAAGACGAAAACCGAAAAGAUGAAACGAAUCCAAAGCCAGCAUCUAAGCCGACUUCAACAACUGCUAUUCCUCCACGUACUGGUGGUCUUUAUAUGCCACCAGCAAAACUUCGUCUUUUACAAGCUUCUCUCACGGACAAAUCCUCACCUGAGUACCAACGACUGGCAUGGGAAGCUUUGAAGAAAACCAUCAAUGGCCGAGUCAACAAAGUCAACAUAUCCAACUUACCAUUGAUCAUUCGUGAACUCUUCAAAGACAAUAUCGUUCGUGGUCGUGGUCUACUUGCACGUGGUGUCAUCCAAGCACAAAUCGCUUCUCCAUUCUAUACACAUGUGUAUGCAGCAUUGGUUUCAGUUAUCAACACAAAGUUCCCUCAGAUCGGCGAACUCGUUGUCAAACGUCUUAUUUCAUCUUUUCGUCGAACAUAUCAACGAAAUGACAAAACUCACUGUUUGGCAACAACUCGAUUCAUCGCACAUCUCGUCAAUCAGAAUGUCUUGCAUGAAAUCGUGGCACUGCAAAUGCUUGUCCUUUUGCUCGAGAAUCCUUCGGAUGAUAGUGUCGAACUAGCCAUUGGCUUCAUCAAAGAAUGUGGACAAAAGCUCUCUCAAGUCAGUCCACGGGGAUUGGACUCGGUGUUUUCAACAUUGAGAAACCUACUGCACGAAUCAUCGUUGGACAAACGAACACAGUAUAUGAUCGAAGUUCUGUUUGCUGUACGAAAAGAUCAAUUCAAAGCCAAUCCAGCCAUUCAACCCGGUCUCGAUCUUGUCGAUGAAAAUGAUCAAUACACUCACAUGCUAACGUUGGAUGAUCCAUGUGAACCUGAGACUGUACUUGAUGUGUUUAAAUAUGACGAACAAUAUGAAGAAAGCGAAAAUAAAUACAAAGAGAUUCGAAAGACUAUUCUGGAUGAAGAGAGUGACGAUGAUGAUGGAUCCAGCUCGUCAGGUAGUAGCGAUGAAGAUGACGAUAAGAAUGAAGAUGCUGACGAAGAAGAACAAACGAAUGAAGCAGAAAAAGACAAACAAACGAUUCUUGAUCAGACAGAGACAAAUCUGGUUACACUUCGUCGUACGAUCUACUUGACCAUUCAGUCAAGUAUUGGAGCUGAAGAAUGUGCUCAUAAGCUGUUGAAAAUGAAUCUACGUCCCGGCCAAGAGAUGGAGUUGUGCCAGAUGAUCCUUGACAGUUGUGCACAACAGCGAACAUAUGAACGAUUUUUUGGUCUACUUGGUCAACGUUUUUGUCUGCUGAAGAAAGAAUACAUUGAAUGUUUCGAGAAAGUGUUUCAAGAUCAAUACGAGAUCGUUCAUCGUUUGGAAAAUGUGAAACUGCGAAAUGUGGCCAAGUUCUUCGCCCAUCUGCUCGUGACAGAUGCCAUUUCGUGGGGCGUGCUUCGUUGCAUUCGAUUAACGGAAGAAGAUACGACUUCGUCAUCGCGUGUAUAUAUCAAGAACUUAUUCUUAGAAUUAGCGGAGUUUCUUGGAUUAACGAAACUCAACAAUCGUUUGACGGAUCCGACAUUGACUGAGUAUUUCGAAGGCAUUUUUCCGCGAGAUAAUCCAAAGAAUACUCGCUUUUCAAUCAAUUUCUUCACGUCAAUUGGUCUUGGCGGGCUGACAGACGAAUUGCGAGAAUUCUUGCACAACAAUCCUACACCAGCAGCAGUAGCAGCGCCACCUCCUCCGCCUCCGGUGUCAAUCAAAAAGGAAGCGAAAGAAGAAGACGAAGAAGAUUAUAAAGAUAGUCAUCGCAUACAAGCUCGGCUUCGUGAGCUUCAAAUGGCACAAGAUAAAUCAAAGAAGGGAAAAGCCGAUAAACAUAAAAGGCAAAAGAAAAAAAGUGAAUCAUCGUCCUCGUCAAGUUCUUCAUCAAGAUCCGGUUCGUCGUCGUCGUCAUCGCCGUCAUCAUCUUCAUCUUCCCCAUCACCGCCACCUGUUUCCCGUCGUGAACGUGACAAUCGUGACCGCCGCGAUCGUCGUAAAGAAAAUCGGAAAGAAGAAAGUAGACAUCGUGAAAAACGCUCCCGUUCACCUGAUCAUCGUCAUCAACAUAAAUCGUCAAGGCGUUAA